AAAACAGCCAGCAAUAUUUGUUUGGGCACGGUUCCCCUGGAAGCCGAGGCUAGCUCCCCCCCCCCAAUUCCUAAUGCAAAAGGGUCCCCCCCCCUUCAUUGAUGGCUUAUAGGCCGGAAUGCCGGGCGUGGGAGUAGAACGGGAGCCCGACAGGUGCUUGGGUCUCCCGCCUAGGAGAUCCUUCGAAAUAGGAGGGGAGAAAUAAGAGGCUGACGCGUUGGUGGGCGAAGGGCUCUUGGAAGUGCCUGAAACAUGGGAGGUUGGGAUUGAAUUGAAAGACUUGCUAGGUCAAUGUAAGAAGUCUAUGGGGAGCAGAGUGGGAGAUGGUGGGUGUCGACUGUGAAACUCUUGCUUGCUCUCAUAUCGCUUUGUGAAUUUGUAAGCGUUCAGUAAGGUUUAUAUUUUCCCACCCCAUUAUAAACAAUUCCUUCCUCUCACUGUCAAAUGUCAAUGAAAUUGUUUGAAUAGAAACAGGGUUUGUAUGAGUAGGUGUGCACAGUCUGAGGUUAAAAAAAUAUGUCACCUGGUAAACAAGGGUGUGUCCUCCUAUACUUAAACCAAGCAAAGGCAGUGGAAAGCUUGUCUCAGCAGGAAUGAUGCCGCUUCUACUGUUUUCCACGUACAAUGUUUCGUCUGUUCUGAAAAGGAAUUAGCUAUUGGCUCCAAAGAUCCCAAAAAGGAAGUAGAACAAGGGCUAUGAUGGAUCUUAGAAGAAUUCAGGACGCACACUUCUCUCCUCAUGUGGCAAAUUCAGUUCAGGAGCUGUUGGAGCAAAUAAUAUCUGAACGUGAUGCCUUACGCCAAGCCUUGGCAUCUCUCUCUGCUGGUUUAGCAAAGCUUGAGAAAUGCCUGGAAGACACAGAUCACCGUGUGGGAGCCCUGGAAGCAAAGGUGGUAUCUACUCAAGGCUGCGUUGUCAAACAUGCUACUUUAAUGAAGGAGCUGGCAGUAGGAAAGUUGGUGGCUGACUACAAGCUCGAGACAUUAGAAAACAAAUUGCGAGCUCGGAACUUGAGGGUCACAGGUAUCCCAGCCGCCAUUAGAAAUGUGGACCUUAUCACGUUCAUAGAAAAUCUGUUACCGGCUGCCUUAGCCAGGUGGGUAAUGGUAGUACUGUACUAAUCACUCUUUCUGAUUUGCGGCAUCGGGAGAAAAUACUGAAGACAUCCUGUACAAAAAACUUCCAUGGACACAAGGUUUCCUUCUUUCCUGAUCUCAGCCCACUGACAUAUGCCCGACGUAAACGUUUUGUGGCUCUCAAGCAACAGUUCCUAAAGGAAGGAGUUCAGGCCUACGUAUUGUACCCUGCAAAGUUAAAGGUUCUGUACCAGGGGAAAACCUACAUCUUCAAGGACAUUCAGUCUGCAGUUCAUCUACUGGAUGAAAUCCAAAAAGAAAAGAUGACUAUGACUUUGAUCCGCAACAGGCUGGCGCUGCUGGUCCUAGGAAUCCUUGUCACUUUUGUCCUCUACCUGUUGCUUCCUGCAAUCCAGCAAGAAAAAUUUACUGCUUCAGUAGACAUCCCUAAACCACGGGCCAUGGAGGAAGAGGCGAAGGGUACAGGUGCUGGGAAUGUCACCAUCAUGACAGGNACAAUUUUGCACUCUUCCGUUUUCUUCAGGGAAGCUGUGCUAGUACAAAAAGAUGUGGCUUCCUCCACUGAAAGGCUGGCAGUGGUCUUCUUGCAUGGCCAGUCCUUCUCAUCCAAGACAUGGGAGACUCUAGGAACACUGGCUUUGCUUGCAGAGAAUGGCUAUCGUGCAGUAGCUAUUGAUUUGCCUGGUUAUGGGAGCUCCCCACGUUCAACCUCCAUCGCGACCGCAAAAGGCCGCAUUUCCUUUCUGGAGCAAGUCUUCAAGGAGCUGGAUAAUUUGGCGUUAAGAAUCAACUAUGCAGUAGGAAAGUUGGUGGCUGACUACAAGCUCGAGACAUUAGAAAACAAAUUGCGAGCUCGGAACUUGAGGGUCACAGGUAUCCCAGCCGCCAUUGGAAAUGUGGACCUUAUCACGUUCAUAGAAAAUCUGUUACCGGCUGCCUUAGAUUUAAAUGGCAAACAGGCUCCCAUCUGUAUAGAAAGUGCUUACCGUCUCCCAGCAAAUAAUGCCCAGGUGGGUAAUGGUAGUACUGUACUAAUCACUCUUUCUGAUUUGCGGCAUUGGGAGAAAAUACUGAAGACAUCCUGUACAACAAACUUCCAUGGACACAAGGUUUCCUUCUUUCCUGAUCUCAGCCCACUGACAUAUGCCCGACAGAAAUGUUUUGUGGCUCUCAAGCAACAGUUCCUAACGGAAGGAGUUCAGGCCUAUGUAUUGUACCCUGCAAAGUUAAAGGUUCUGUACCAGGGGAAAACCUACAUCUUCAAGGACAUUCAGUCUGCAGUUCAUCUACUGGAUGAAAUCCAAAAAGAAAAGAUGACUAUGACUUUGAUCCGCAACAGUCUGGCGCUGCUGGUCCUAGGAAUCCUUGUCACUUUUGUCCUCUACCUAUUGCUUCCUGCAAUCCAGCCAGAAAAAUUUACUGCUUCAGUAGACAUCCCUAAACCACGGGCCAUGGAGGAAGAGGUGAAGGGUACAGGUGCUGGGAAUGUCACCAUCGUGACAGGGACAAUUUUGCACUCUUCCGUUUUCUUCAGGGAAGCUGUGCUAGUACAAAAAGAUGUGGCUUCCUCCACUGAAAGGCUGGCAGUGGUCUUCUUGCAUGGCCAGUCCUUCUCAUCCAAGACAUGGGAGACUCUAGGAACACUGGCUUUGCUGGCAGAGAAUGGCUAUCGUGCAGUAGCUAUUGAUUUGCUUGGUUAUGGGAGCUCCCCACGUUCAACCUCCAUCGCGACCGCAAAAGGCCACAUUUCUUUUCUGGAGCAAGUCUUCAAGGAGCUGGGCCUUCAGAAGCCCAUUUUGAUAAGCUCAUCUAUGAGUGGCCGAUAUUCCAUUCCAUUCCUCUUUUCUAGUGGAGAACAGCUGAAGGGCUUUGUGUCUAUUGCACCAGUGGGUACAAAAGAUUUUACAGCUCAACAAUAUCAGCAGGUCGAGAUACCAUUGAUAAUUUAUGGACAGCGUGAUACUGACUUGGGUAUACAGUCUCUGGAAAGUCUUCAGCAGAUUCCCAAAUCCAAAGUUGUCAUGUUGUUGGGAGCUGGCCACGCCUGCUAUCUUGAUAAGCCUCAGGAGUUCCACAAAGCACUGCUGAGCUUCCUCAGUGAAUUAAAAUGACUGUGGUGUCCAUCCUCAUUUGCUCUGCUGAGUCCCAUUUUCCUUUUCCCAGGGAAAAAAAGUGAAGACAAUGUCUGUUUCGUAACCUGGAUGAUGUGCAUAUUAAUCUGGUUC